UUUGGUAUUUAAAUUUUAAUCACUCAAACAGAAAAACAGAAAAAGUAAUACCUCCAUUGGUUUCUAGUGACAGGAACAAUAUUACUAUUAAAUAAUAUUCACAUUCGGAAAAAGAAUGAGAAGCUUGAAAGGGAAGAACCUAAUGGAGGAAGCGAUUAUAUUUAUUUCAUUGCUCAUUUUACUCUACAUCCCGCAAACCUACGCAGCCGAACUCAACAUCGUUUCGAGUUCAGAGUUCUUGCUAGAAGAAGAUACAUUGGUGUCGCCAGACAGAACAUUUGAGCUUGGAUUUUUCAGGCCAAAUGGCUCUGAAAAUAGAUAUGUUGGUAUUUGGUAUAAGAAGAUAUCUGUUAAAACAGUGGUUUGGGUUGCCAACAGAGACCGGCCGCUCACAGGUGCAGCUCCAGGUGUGGUAAAGAUAGUCGAUCCAGGAAAUCUUGUCAUCAUGAACAAUGUUACUAAUCAUGUUAUGUGGUCAACCAACACAACGUCAUCAGGUAACACAAUUGCAAAGCUUCUUGACACUGGAAAUCUAGUUGUCACCGAUGGAAACAACAAUAAGAUUCUCUGGAUGAGCUUUGAUUAUCCAACUGAUACUUUUCUACCUGGCAUGAGGUUGGGGAAAAAUUUCUUGACAGGUCAGGAAUGGUAUCUAUCUUCAUGGAGGAAUAGUAAAGAUCCAGCUCCAGGUGAAUUCACCUGGAUUUUUGACACGCGCAGUUUACCUCAGAUUCUACUAAAACAAGGUGCGCUGGUCAAAUUCCGGAGUCCGCCAUGGACUAACGAAGUGGUUAAUGUGUUUAAACUUGCCCAGAAUAUUGUUACAUACAACAUUGUUAUAAAUAGAACAGAGGUAGCACUUUCUUUUAAUCUUGUAAACAGUUCUGUCCUAUCAAAAUCUACAUUGAGCUCUUCUGGGAAGUAUGAACGCUUCGUGUGGGUAGAAGAGGGGAAAAGAUGGGAUGUUCGUAUUGCGUUGCCAAGAGACAUUUGUGAUACAUACAACAUAUGUGGGGCUUACGGACAUUGCAUCAUGAGAAGCAGCUUCCAGACAUGUUUGUGCUUAGAUGAGAAAAAAUUUGUGCCAAAAAGCCCAGAAGAAUGGGAGACGGGAGAUGGGCGUGAUGGUUGUGUUAGGACAACACUGUUAAAUUGCAAAAACGGAUCAGAUGGGUUUAGAAGGUAUCCAAAUGUGAAAUUGCCAGACACACCCACUAUCUGGUUUAACAGGAGCAUGGCCAUGAAGGAAUGUGAAAAAGUAUGCUUAAACAACUGUAAAUGCAUGGCUUAUCUAAAUACAGAUAUUAGCGGAGAAGGAAGCCGCUGCUUGCUUUGGUUUAAUGACCUCAUAGACAUCCAACCAUUAUCCGAGGGUAUGCGUGGUCAUGAUAUCUUUGUAAGAAUAGCUUCCUCUGAUUUAGAUCACAAAGGAGGAACAAACAUCAAACUCAUCCUAAUGGUAGUGUUCCUGAUCAUCAUUGUAGUAGGCUUGAGCUCUGCUUGGUUCUGCUACACAUGGAGAAAAAGGUUUAAAGCAGAACCAACGGCGAAAUGGGAAUCAUUGCAAGUCCAUGAAAGCAAGAGAGAAACUAUGGAGCUACCAUUGUUUAGCUUCUCUACCAUAGAAAAAGCUACUGCUAGUUUUUCACCAGACAAUAAACUUGGAGAGGGUGGAUUUGGACCAGUUUAUAAGGGUAUCCUAGAAGGAGGGGAAAUUGCGGUUAAGCGUCUCUCCAGCACGUCCAGUCAAGGACUAGAUGAGUUCAAGAAUGAAGUUAUCUGCAUUUCCAAACUUCAACACAGAAAUCUUGUUAAGCUCCUCGGGUGUAGCAUUGAAGGAGAAGAGAAACUAUUGAUCUAUGAGUACAUGCCUAACAGAAGCUUAGACUUAUUUAUAUUUGCAGAUAAAAUACGAAGCACACUUCUUGAUUGGACAACACGCUUCCACAUCAUUGAGGGGAUUGCCCGAGGACUUUUAUAUUUGCAUCAAGAUUCACGAUUAAGAAUCAUUCAUAGAGAUCUUAAAGCUAGCAACAUUCUACUAGAUCUUGACAUGAACCCCAAGAUUUCAGACUUCGGGAUAGCUAGAAGUUUUGGAGGAAAUGAGAAUGAAGCAAACACAGAAAGAGUUGUCGGCACAUACGGCUACAUGUCCCCAGAGUACGCAUUAGAUGGUCUUUUCUCAACGAAGUCGGAUGUCUUCAGUUUUGGUGUAUUGGUACUGGAGAUCAUAAGUGGGAAGAGAAAUAGAGGAUUCAUUCAUUCAAAUCAUAGCAAUAACCUCAUUGGACAUGCUUGGACAAUGCAUAAUGAGAACAGGUCAUUGGAACUAGUGGAUACAAAUCUAGAGGAAGCAUUCAAUCCAUCUGAAGUCUUAAGAUCAAUAGUGGUGGGGUUGUUAUGUGUUCAACAAAGUCCAGAUGACAGGCCAAACAUGUCAUCCGUGGUUCGAAUGUUGGGUAAUGAGUUGGGUGAACUGCAAAAUCCUAAACAACCAGCAUUUUUCACAGAAAGAAACAUAAUUGGCACUGAUAGCUCAUCGAGCACUAAUGCAACAAGUUCAACCAAUUAUUUAACUACUACAGAGGUAGUUGCACGAUAGAAUGCUCGUACGUAACCCCAAAAUUAGAGUUACAUAUGUCAUAAUUUUCUUAUUUAUAUUACCUUUGGGUGCAUGUCUCUCAUAAUGCUUAUAUUACAUGAGAUGUUUCACUUAUGGGUACGUAUACAUGCAUGUCACUAGCUAGUGUAUUAUAAUUUAAAUGUUGAUUAUCUGAUAUUGUUAGAAUGAAAUUAAAGACAUUAAGAUGUAUAAUUGUGGUAAGUAUUAUUAUACUUUAUUCA